GAGGAGCCCGGGGCGCCGACCAUAGAGCUUUCAGUCCUCCCGGAUUCCUAGAGGUGCCGGAAGUGCCUGGACAAGAUGCGCAUUGACUGCUGGUGUCCCCCAGCUGGUGUGGAAGUUGGGGGCCAGAGGUCCCGGUCGGGUUCGGCUCUCGCCCCCUUUCCUACCCGUUCUUCCCCCUGGUCCGUCCGCCAUCCGCAGUCUCCCUUCCCCGCCUUGGGCCGCGCCCAGUCCUCGCGAAGUCCUUUAAAGAAGAGCCUCUCAGAAGGUCCUUCUCUUAAGAAGAUAAAGAAGGUGGUGGAAGCAAGUCUCCUCAUCUUUCCCGGCCCUACAUGGCUGCAGAAUCAAGAAAGUCUUUAGCCCCAUCUCCAUCCAACCAGGCCCCUGAAGAGGACCUUGUCAUUGUCAAGGUUGAGGAGGAUCAUGGUUGGGACCAGGAACCCAGUCCACAUGAACACAACCCUCCUGGCCAAGAGCUGUUCCGCCUGCGAUUCAGGAAGCUGUGCUACCAGGAGACACAAGGACCCCGAGAAGCUCUGAUCCAACUCCGGGCACUUUGCCACCAGUGGCUGAGGCCAGAUUUGAACAGCAAGGAGCAGAUCCUGGAGCUGCUGGUGCUGGAGCAGUUCCUGAGCAUCCUGCCCCCGGAGCUGCAGGCCCUGGUGAAGGAACAUCAGCUGGAGAGUGGAGAGGAGGUGGUGACCCUGUUGGAGGAUCUGGAGAGGCAGAUUGACAUCCUAGGACGGCCAGUCCCGGCUCGUGCACAUGGUCACAGGGUCCUCUGGGAGGAGGUGGUGCACUCGGAACCCGCACUAGAGCCUCCAGACGCGACGCUCCAGCCUCCAGCAACCCGGCACAUAGCUCCCGGGCUCCACGGGCCCCGAGACAGAGCUGUAUCUGCUUCUCAUAGUCCCACCCCUUCCCAGAAAGGAAGUCCUGGAGACCAGAUGGCUGCGUCACUUCUAACAGCAGGGUUCCAGACUUUGGAGAAGAUUGAAGACAUGGCCGUGUCCCUGAUUCGAGAGGAGUGGCUUCUUAAUCCGUCACAGAAGGAUCUGAAGGGAGAUGACAGGCAAGAGAGUUACAGAAGCAUGUUCUCCCUGGGUGGUGAAACCAGGAAUGAGAACAAGGAAUUAGCUUCAAAACAGGUAAUAUCUACCGGAGCCCAAAUACAUGGAGAGACAGCUGCGAAAUGCAAUGGUGAUAUUAUCGGGGGUCUUGAGCGUGGAGAAGCCCAAGACCUUCUGGGCAGAUUAGAGAGGCAGCGGGUGAAUCCCACCCAGGAGAGACGACAUAAAUGUGAUGAAUGUGGAAAGAGCUUUGCUCAGAGCUCAGGCCUUGUUCGCCACUGGAGAAUCCACACUGGGGAGAAACCCUAUCAGUGUAAUGUGUGUGGGAAAGCCUUCAGUUACAGGUCAGCCCUUCUUUCCCAUCAGGAUAUCCACAACAAAGUAAAACGCUAUCACUGUAAGGAGUGUGGCAAAGCCUUCAGUCAAAACACAGGCCUGAUCCUGCACCAGAGAAUCCACACUGGGGAAAAGCCAUAUCAGUGCAACCAGUGUGGGAAGGCAUUCAGUCAGAGUGCGGGCCUCAUUCUGCACCAGAGAAUCCACAGUGGGGAGAGACCCUAUGAAUGUAAUGAGUGUGGGAAAGCCUUCAGUCAUAGCUCACAUCUCAUUGGACAUCAGAGAAUCCACACUGGGGAGAAGCCCUAUGAGUGUGAUGAGUGUGGGAAAACCUUUAGGCGGAGCUCACAUCUUAUUGGCCAUCAGAGAAGCCACACUGGGGAAAAACCCUACAAAUGCAAUGAGUGUGGGAGGGCCUUUAGUCAGAAGUCAGGCCUUAUUGAGCAUCAGAGAAUCCACACUGGAGAAAGACCCUAUAAAUGCAAAGAAUGUGGGAAAGCUUUCAAUGGGAACACUGGCCUCAUUCAGCAUCUGAGAAUUCAUACAGGGGAGAAGCCCUAUCAAUGUAAUGAGUGUGGGAAAGCUUUUAUUCAGAGGUCCAGUCUCAUUCGACAUCAGAGAAUCCACACUGCAGAAAAAUCUGAGCCCAUAGGAGUUUAGGGGAAAACUUGAGUCAUAGUUUGGGCAUUAAACAGUAAAGGAACCACAUGCUGGUAAGAGGUCUUUCAGUGUAGUAAAAAGGCAGAAAGUUUGUCAUCAUUGUGACCUGAUGCAGGGUCGGAAUCUAUAGCGGGGGCAGUUAGAAUAGCUCUUGAGUAGUUUUGGCCCCGUGCCUCAAUGCAGGUGGAUUAGCUUGACUGUUCUGGGAGGUGUCUGAUGGCCCAGCGUACCCAUUAGAAGCUUAAAGAGUGAGUUGCUUGUGGCUUGAGGCACCUAACACCAAACUUUGUCUUCUGUGUGAGUAGCUGUAGAUUCAAGUCAGGCUGCUCCUGGCUCCUCUGCUUCCUCCCACCUCUGUGACCCCCUUUUUGGUUGUCACCCGGAGGGGCAUGUGCGUGCGCUUCUUCUUCCUGGGAAGCCUGCAAAGAGUGCGCAGCAGCCUCUGUGAGACUUAGAUGUGCAUUUAGCUUUCUAAGAAUCUAGUUCUAGGUAAAAUUUUUAUAGACAGGUUUUCAAGCUUAGGUGUGCAUUUUUUUUGUAAUGUUCUUGGUGAUCAGUGAAAUUCAUAUUCCCAUUCAUACUCAGAAUGCUAUAUUUUUAACAGUAUUCCAGCAUUUUUCUCCAUAUGUCACCUUCACUGACUCCACUCAGUCACUGAACACCAGAAGUGUCCUCCACCCCAAGCCCCAGGCCCUGAGUCAGCCAAGGAAGUGCUGCAUUAGUGAUGGUUGUGGGACUGUGCACAGGAAGGUGAGUGCAGACAGUCCAACUGCUCUUGAGCUUGGAUGGUUGCCCCUUGUGGUGACAUCUGGCUCUCCUUUCCACCUCCCCACUGCACGCUGUGGUAGACGGGUGCCUUACACCAUUCUAGUUAUGGUGUCACAUGGGAGAAGGUGCACUCAUCCCUCUAGCCCGUCUCAGUGCUGCUCUCACAGGUUCCUGACUAGGGGAACCUUGUUACCACCCUGGACCCCCUUUGGUGGCCAGCACCUCACACGCCUCUUGCCAUUAGCUUAUAUUUCACAGUUGUGAUCUCUCAAGUACCUCGCUUCACAGUUGGUCGUUUUUCUUAAUUUGGGUGCACACUCCAUCUGUAAUCCAGCAAAGACCACGGUAAAGUCAUCGUCACCAGGACAACAUUUCAUCUUGGAGGCUAAUCUAAAGUAACAUCAGAGUUCACACAUCCACACGGGCUGUCUUUCAGUUGUGUGGUUGUAACUGUUUUAGUAGUGUUAUCGCUGCAAUAAGCAUUCCUUCAGGUAUUCUCGUUAGAUAAACCACAUGGGAAAACUCUUUAUUACUCUUGAGUCACAUCUCGUUUUUUACUGUGAUUACUGAGAUGUCCUCAGAGUCACCAUUUGAUAAUGUCAUGCCUUUUUUAGUUUUUAUCCUUGAUCUGUAUUUCUACUGUACUGUGGAACUUACCUUGUAUCUCAGAAAUUCUCUUCUCCUUUGGCUUGUGGGACACUUUUUGGCCAUUUUUCUCCAAUUUCUAGCUUUUCUCUAUUUUUCUCCUCCCCACUGAACAUAUUCACUAGCUUUUCUGUCCUCACUCUAGUUUAUCCAUUUUGAUUGUCAGUAACCAUAUUUCCCACUGUCUCCCAACACAGCUUGAUCUUUGAAAACAGAACUCAUCACUCUUUGUCCCCCAAAUACCAUUUUCCUUUUAUAUAGGCACCAUUACUUAAUUUCUUUAUCCUGAUUAGACUCACUAUCCUUUGUUUUUUUUUUUUUCUAUUAAUCCUCACCUAAGGAUAUUUUUCCAUUGAUUUUUAUAGAGUGUGGCAGGGAGGAGGAGAGACAGAGAGAGAAAAACAUCAGUGUGAAAGAAACAGAUGAAUUGGUCGCCUUCCACAUGAACUCCGAGGAUUGAGCCUGCAACCAAGGCAUGUGCCUUUGACCGAAAUCAAACCCAGCAGCCCUCAAUCUGUGGGCUGAUGCUCUAUUUACUGAUCCAAACCGGCUAGGGCUAUGUUUCUUAUCACAAUCUUGUAGGUGUCUUGUUCUGGUCUCCAUUCUACAUGUCCAAAAUCUUGUUAAGUUGUUCCAGUUCUACCUUUUCUCCUGAGGCUGCACAAUUACAGAUGGACAUUUAUGGUGACAUUAAUAAGUUCAUCUACAGCAUAAAAUGUGUAAAACCUUCCAUUUCUGACAUUUUCUCAUAGGAGUUUUUUCAGAUCUGUAUUAUCUGGGGCCCAGUUUAUUGCAGUUCUUUCUUUCUAGCGUCCCUGCUCUUCAAGAUCUGCAUCUUUUUUUUUUUUUUUUAAUAUAUUUUAUUGACUUUUUACAGAGAGGAAGGGAGAGAGAUAGAGAGUUAGAAACAUCGAUGAGAGAGAAACAUCGAUCAGCUGCCUCCUGCACAUCUCCUACCGGGGAUGUGCCCGCAACCCAGGUACAUGCCCUUGACUGGAAUCGAACCUGGGACCUUUCAGUCCGCAAGCCGACGCUCUAUCCACUGAGCCAAACCGGUUUCGGCAAGAUCUGCAUCUUGUAGGCAUCCAAGAUGAUUCAUUUUCAUUGUCUUAUUUUCACUCAAGAACACCCAGCACAUAAUUCUCAUCAAAGCAGUGAUGUUCCAAGUUCGCCAUUACCUGCCUUCUAUGCUCUGUCUGUAGCAGCCUCCUUCUCCAACAUGUCCCCUUACAGCAUCACAGUCACACUUCCUGUGACCUUCACUGUUGUCUUACAGGCCCUUGACCGUGCCUCUGUGCCUUUCUGAUGCUGUUCCCUUUCCUUAGAUUGCUCUUUGGCCCCAGCUCAUGUUCAUAACCCCCUUCAAAGUCUGGUUUCCUUUAUAUCUUCUGAGUGAGCCCUCCCUGACUGACUUCACCCACACUAAGACUCCCUAUUCAGUGCUGCCUCAGCACUGAUCUUUUCAGUUUAUACUGUGGCCCAUGCACUUACUAAUAAUAGGUAGGUUUGUAAUCAUUUUUCAGCACUCUGUAUUGUAUUUAUUUCCAAAAUUAAAUUGUAAGCUCCUUGAGGGCAGGAAUAGUAAUGUUACAUUUGUAUUUCUGCACCCCUAUUGCCUAAUAUGGUGCUGAGCACACAGUAGGCAUUUAAUAAAUGCUUGUCCAAU